AUGUUUUCAGAGAAUAAUAAUGAAUCUGGUAAGUGUGCUCUCACAAAUGCAUUGAAUGGGUGUAAUACGCGUAAGAAAAGCACAGAUGAAAGUGAUGGAUCUUUACCGCGUGCCGAUAGUGCGUUAAGUAACGAUUCGACAACAUCAUCACAGAGAUCCACAAAUCGCGUAUCGCCAGCUGUAUCGCCGAAAGCAACACAACAAAAUGCUGGAAGCAGCGCAGGAGGAGGAGGUGGAUUCAACAUGAGAACGGGUUCAGAUCAACCGCAACAACAACGUGGCAGCCGAAAAGAUGGCACUCCAUAUUCCAGAAAUAACAGUUCGGUGAAUAGAGAAAAAGAUGCUAAACGUAAAGCGUUAACACCAAAACAAAUCGAAGAAUUGGCCGGUGGUCUACGAAAAUUGGAUCUUGCCAAAGAGAAUUCCCUUAUCGAGCAGUUUAUCACAAAUGAUUUUGAUGGUGAGGAAUGUGGUGCAGCAGUUGGUCAAAUGUUAGUGCAGUUUUCAAUCGAAGAGAACAGACAGGCUGGAAAAGCCGUAGCUCGUAUUGCUGCGCAACUCUUGGAUAGUGGAGCUGCUCAAAGUUUUCAUCAGGGUACGAUAACGGCGUUGGUGCAUUAUUUUGAUUGUCGAGAUCGUUUGCGUAUUGAUCAUUUUCGGGUGUGGAUCGCGUUCCUUAAUUUUGUUUCGGAUCUUUAUUCAAACGUUGGAUAUAUUUACGAAGGUGAACUUGUAAAUCUUGUAUUCCGUAUAUUUGACUACCUGCUGAAAGCGCCCGUUUUGGAAACACUCAAAAUUGAAGAGCUGGAAAGCUUGAUUGGUUGUUUGCUGAGUGGCGGAUAUGAUUUGGAACGUCAAUGUCCAGAACAGCUGGCUGUUCUGAAGGAUCGUAUUCGAGAUGCAUUUGUUGAGGUACAGGAACCAUGGGCACGAAAAAUGAUUCUCUUGCUGAUGGAACUCGGUGCAAGUGGCUGGAAACUUCCAGCUGAAGCGAAUGAGUAUUAUUUUCAGCAAACGAGCUCCUAA